GAAACGACGGAAUAAUGUUAAGUGUUUCUAACGUUUUCGUUUUAUUUUAAGGCAAGACACGCAUUCAAUAUAUGGAAUAUUAAAUGCAUAUAAGGGAGUUUCAGCCUGAAUGGCCGAGUUUUUCAGGCGAUAGCUAUUUAAUUCAAAGAUCAAUGGUUUGCGCCAAGGUGGAAUUAAUUUUUUUCAGUUUAUUCUUUCAUUUAUUAAUAUUGUUUUAUACUGGAGUGUCCGAUGUUUCCAAUUAUCAAUUUAAAGCUUUAAGUGACGACUUACUUCAAAUGCAAACUUCUUUGAACAAGUCCCUUUAAACGGAUGUAUAUGUAUAUACGGUUUAACUAGCGUGUGUGCAUAGCGAACGUGUUUAUCGGCUGAAUGGAGCCAUAUUCAUAUCGUCGAUUCAAACUUCCUAUAUGUAAAAUUGCAAUAUGGACGAGGAUAUAUUCAGGAGUUUUUAUCAACUUCUAUUCAUUUCAACAUGGAUAAAAUACCACAUAAUUCCUGAUUUGGCUUGAAUAAGGACAAAGGAGCUGGUUUCUGUUUCCCUUUUUCAACAGCGGAAAUGGGACUCGGCUGCAGAGGCGACACGGCUGUCAGUUCCACUAGGGACAGAAGGUUCUCAGUUAAGUCUGACGUGUGAGUACUCAGAAGGCACAGUCUUAUAUUUUAACUGGUUCAAACGUUCAAACAGUACUACUCAAUCAUAUACUAAUGUUGGGUAUAUAUUAAGUGAAUCAUGUGAGCCUUUUGAUCCUGCUCCUCCGUUUAAACCCAAUGCCACACUGUACAACUACACCUGUCCCAGUGCAUCCACUCAGACUAUGGUGGUAAGGAUUGUGACUUCGGGUAACCAUGGAGAGAUAUGGAGAUGUUCAGCGAUCCUAUCAGCGAAUUACACGACGAUAACCAGCAAUAGUGUUACUAUCAGCGUGCAAGUCCCAGUAACUAACGUUGCCCUCAGUCCUUCAACUGAUGUCACAACACUCAACGUGUCUCAGCAAGCCACCUUCGAAUGCACCGUUCCACGUUCACUACCCAGUGCGACAAUAGUAUGGUACAAGAACAGUUCAGGGGUGAUCAGUGCCCUUAUUCCUUCCAACAGUUACAGUUACUCUUCCAACCCUGAUCGGACUGUAAUGACUACUAAUAGAUACACGUUAAGUCCCAGCAAGACAGACAGUGGAGUGGGGAUGUAUUGUAUUGCGAGCAGUGGAGGAGCCAGCACUACGUCACGACAGACAAUGCUUAACGUUCAGUUUCCGCCUGACAGUCCACCCCGUAUAGAAAGCUUCUCUGCCGACGGCAGCUUUUUUGCGAUACGAGACACCCAGCAGACUCUUACAUGCUCAGUCACUGGUGGGAACCCUUUAGCCACACUCAAGUGGAACAACUGCUAUGGUGGAACUAUUGACAGUCCUUCAUCUUUAUCUGGAACUGUUUCAUUGAGGAUCGCCUUUGUGGCCAGUAGCUCUGAACAGCCAUGCACAUGUACAUCUAGUCAUAUAUUGGCUGGUACACUGAAUAUGGCUCUGAACAUCAAAAUUUUUUAUCCACCAACAACUCCCAAAUACGAUGUGGGUUCCAGCUCAUCCAUACAACCUGGAACAAUCAAGGUAGUCAAAGGAAACAACACGGACAUAAGGUGUUUAAGUACAAGUUAUCCUGCCCCUAAUACGUGGAGUUGGACUCGACCUACUGGCACUACUGAGGGCCAAACACUCUCACUGAAAAACAUCCAGACCUCAGAUCAAGGCGCAUACUUGUGUGUUGUAAAGAACACAAUGGUAACGUCAAGGAGUGAGACAGUGAUUCGAUCCACAAACUCUUCCAUUUAUGUUGAUGUUUUAUAUAAGUCGUCUGUUGAUCGUUUUGGAAUAGUGGGAAAUAUGAGUUCUUCUGAUAUCACUGUCAAUGAAAACGUCACCUCCACAUUGGCCUGCUUUGUGGACAGUAACCCAGGAUCUACAAUAACUUUACUGAAAGAUGGCGUAUCUAUAAAUAUGACUGAGAACAGCCGUCAGCUUGAGUCUUCGAUAAGAAAUGGCUGCACUGACGCUGGGGUAUACACGUGUUCAAUCGCAAAUCAACACAACAAGGAUGGGGCGUCAAUGAGGAAUAUCAAUUAUUAUGUCAAAUGCACACCACGACCGGCACCAAGUAUUUCAAUAGACUACAACGUGACAAUUGCACAGCAGGUAAAUACUGCGCUAAGUUUCACAGCCCUGGCAUAUCCACCGGUGGAACAAGUUUUGUGGCAGAAAUGUAAUACUUCAGGAUUUUUUCCGGUGUCAAAAGGAAAGGAAACUUUCUCAUUGCAUGGGUUUGGUAAGAGCAUUGCGAAGUGCAACAUGACGCUACUGGAUGUACAGCAGAACGACUAUGGACAAUAUAAGCUGACUAUUACAGGAUCAGACAGUCAAGUGUGGUCAGCACUCUUCUAUCUCAAUGCUGAAGGUCUCCGCAGCAAUUCAAAGUACAGCAUUGAGUUGUUUUCUUCAAAUGCUAAGGGAAAUUCGUCAUAUGUGAAGGAAACAUUUUCUACACUUAUGCGGAUAGAUCAAGGCUCCUCCACAACCAGUUCCAAAUCCGGGGUGAUUGCCGGCAGUAUAGUAGGAGGACUAAUUGGAUUACUUGUCAUAGUGAUAACUGUGGUUGCACUCAGAAAAUACGAACUCACGUGUAUUUGUAAAUGCGCUCGAAAGGAAUCAAACGGACAAGCGCUGUAUGAGGCCUCCGCUGUUUCAGCGAUAAACCAUGGAGCAUAUGAGUCCCUUGGAAUUCGUAAUGAUAUUCGACGCAAUCAACCUGACAUAAACUCUUGUAGUAAUGACAAUGAACUAGGGACAAAUGCUUACGAUAGUUUAGAUGCUCAUCAGAGCAGCAAGCAUGUGUACUCCGAAUUAGGACAUCAGCCGAGGACAGGAAACACACGUCUGUAUGAAAAUAAUGCUGUACAUCUAGAUUCAGGAACAGCUGUGUAUGUGAAUACAACGUUUGAAAAUGCUUAACACGCAAUUUACCCAUGGUCUAAUGAUAGACAUUUUGCAGCAUCGGUGUUAUGUGUAUGUUAGAUCAACAUUCCAAUUAUUUGAUCCUAUGUAACCAAUCGUUUGUAUAUAAUUAAGACCUACAAGCGGAAUAUAGACGGCCAGUAGGAAAUUAGUUUUUAAGCGAAUGAUUAGUGUAAAAAAAGAUAUAUUGAAAUAUUGACAAAUCGGUCUCAUUUAUCUACACACAAAGUAAUUUACUGUUUUGUUUAAAAUCUAUAACUAUGAAAAAAGCAUCACCUUAAGUUUAUCAAACUACUGGUGAAUAUCGCUAUUUAACGGUUCUGAAGUAGAAGAAAUUCUCAUUAAAGUGCGCAUUUUGUGUACUUUCGAACACGAGCUGGGUCAUUGCACAUUAUGUUUCUUAAUAAAGUUAAUGUAUAUAUCCGGUUGUUCAUAGAUAAAUAAGUACGGGAUAAAUAGUAAUUUAAAAACAAUUCGACACUUUAUAUUCGGAAAUAAAUGUAUCAGUUGACUAAUUAUGUACUUUGUUUAAUUUUGGAAUUAAACAUUUUAUGUUGAAUGUUUUAUGAUGAAAUGUGUAAUGAUCGUUGUGCGUACAUGUAUUCAUUGAUAGAUUCAAAUGAAUGGAAAGUAAAUAAUAUAUUUUAUAUCGAAUAUAUGUGUAUGUUAACGAUAAAUAAGACACAUUAAAAAACAAUAUAUUUAAAAUAUAGUUUAAAUCAAUAUUUUUAUUAGCAAUAUGUUUUAUAUUUAAUAUAUACAUGUCUAUUUUAAUACAUUAAAUUUGUAUUACUAAAUUAUAUUAUUAAAUGAUAGAUCAUUUUGUUUUACUAUGAAAAUAUGUAUAUACCCAUUCAUGCAUAUUGUAUAUAUGCCUUAAUACAAAUUCAAUAAUCAACCAUUCCUCAUUGUGUCAUACUUUUGUUAUAUUUUAUAUACUCAUCACUUCAUUUGUUUAUAUUAUACGGACGGACAAUAAUGGUAUAAUAUAUCCCAAACGUGACCUUAAAAAAGAAACGUUUAAUGUUUUCACAAUUAUCCGUUUAAACUAAGGGCCAGGCGUUCAACGUUGUUUUGUUUUCACUGCCGAUACUAAGUGUUGUGCCGACCCUUAACCGUUUUAAGUGUCGAUAUUCGAUCAUGAUUGCUAAAUUCGAUCAAAUUCGCUGAAUUAAUUAAAAACUUUGCGAUCAUUUUUGUAGCAUUUGAUAAUAUUCGCUAAAUUAAUUUAAAAUCACUAUAAUAACUAGGUAAAUGAUGUUAAAUAGAAAUUUGUGCAUGUCAUUGUAUAUUCUUAUCAAACUGGGAAUCGAAAGGUUAUUUAUAUACAAGUUAAGCUGACCUACCUACCCUAUUAGGUGGGAGAUAAUAGUGGAAACCAAUAUAUUUUUUUUGGUAUAAUUAUCUAAAUUGUAUUAUCUUUGGGGAGAUGUGUAGACAGGCUGCGGGUAAAUCACGUUCAUUUUGGCACUCGUAUAUCUCUGUUUCUUUAGCAGUCACAUGCAUAAAGAGUUACUAAAAUUAUAGCCAUUUAAUAAGGCACCUGUUCUUUUAAUGUCAAUUAUAGAUGUUUUGAAAUAUACUUGAUGGACAUGAAUAUUACCAGUAAUACAGAUUUUGAUCACAAUGCUUACAAUGCCUGUUUCGUGAUACUUGUGCUUUUCCAGCAAAUCUAAAUAUAUUUGCACAACUUUGCUACAGCUUAUGUCGAUAGUACAAUACCUUUGGAGUUCUUGAAUUAUUGUUUGGUCGGUAAUUUUUGCCAUGAUGACAAAAAUACACCUUUAAUCCAAGGCUGUUAAACGGUUUCCCAUUCAGCCACUUGACCCUUUUGUUGUUGACAAUAUUUGAGCCUGAUUCAAUAACAAACAAGAAAAUAUAAAUAAAUUGAUUAUGUUUCUACUAUUACCAUAUGUUUGCUACAUAACAAGCUAUUACAUGUACCAACUUAAUGAAAAGGUUUGUUUAUGUCUAUAACUGAUGUUCUAGUUAAGAGUAAGGGUGUCACGUUUACAGAUUUUUCUAAACGUUUAAACGAAAUGAAAUAAACGAAACGUUACCGUUUAAACGGUAUUCCUAUGUCCGUUUUAAAAUCAUCACGCAUCAGUGCCAUCACUUCUUCAAACUGAAAGUAGUACUUAUUUCCGGAAAUUAUAUUUAGUGCAUAUCCCAUUCGCACAUGAUGUCAUACUAAAACCAACUGUUCCCAUCGUUGUCUAACCAAUGGGUUACAAUUUGUCUACUUACAUGCCGUAAUAUUUUGACACGAAUGUGAAUUAUUUACCAACAUUCCUUAAACAAGAGUAAACCAGUUUUAAAGUUUAUAACGUUUUACUUAUAACACGAUGUAUAUCAAAAGAUGCAUACUUAAAUUUUAAUAAAAUGUUCCUAUACGGAGAUUGUUCGCCAUAUCUCGAGAAAUGAAUGGCGAUGAAUAAACGUCGUGAAUAUUUCCUCAGGCCGACGCGCGUUGAAUGUUCAAGAGGAUUCGGGGCAUUCUCAUGCAACAAAAGCCGGGAAUUUCAUGAUGAUGCGCGUUAAAUAUUCAAGAGGUCUAGUCCGAACAUGGUGUAUUGUUGUGCUUACGGUAUUGAUUCCGUCAUAAAUCAUUAUUUAUUAUUACUAUUAUGUUAUUUAAAUAAAAGCACCAAUUAUAAAAAAACACAACAGUAUUGCGUUAUUUAAAUCGUAAAUUUACCUACAAUUUCCUAACAGAAUUCGCUUUUCAGAGGUAGCUCAUUCAUUUCCCUUAAUUCUUUACCGUAGGCAUAGCAUUAAUUACUCAACUCAAAAUUAAUCCACAGUUUGCAAAUAAAUGCCCCUAAUGUUAUUGUAAGCCAAUAAUAGGUGUCAUUAACACCUCGUUGUAGGUAUACCACCUCUAUAAAAACCAAUUUACCGAAACCUCCACGGCAUUUACUAUAUAAAUCAAUUUACCGAACAUGUCAUUUACCGAAACCUCCAGCACCCGAUAUAAGUU